AUGACAGGUAAAGGUUCCACUGAUCCUGAAGGUUUGUUACCCGUAAAAGUGAAAACUUAUUCAGAAAUCCUUGCUAUAUGUGAGACUUGUACGUUGGUUAAAAAAGUACUGCUUGAAGCUAAGAAAUUGUGUCAAAUUGGCAACUCCACUCACGAAAUAGAUUGCUCCAUACAUGAUUUUAUACUAAGUAAUAAUGCUUAUCCUUCUCCUUUAAAUUAUCGAGGUUUCCCAAAAUCCAUAUGCACUUCAGUUAAUAACGUUUUAUGCCACGGCAUCCCAGAUUCAAGAAAACUAGAUAACGGUGAUAUAAUAAAUAUUGACGUUUCAGUUUAUAAGAAUGGCGUUCACGGAGAUGCUUCAGAAACUUUUUUCGUUGGUUCUGUUUCUCCUCCGCUAAAAAACUUCUUAAGGAGCGACGGUUGGACUGCAGCAACGCGCGAUGGGGGCUACGCAGCUCAAUUCGAGCACACCAUUCUUAUUACUGAAGGUGGUCAUAAGAUUCUUACUUGA